UUAUAUAUAAAUAUGAACUAUUGUUUAUUCUUAGUUCAAUCUUAACUUAUUCACUUCUUUAAUAUAGAAUAUUAACAUAUAUGUUCAACAUAUGAUGUUAUACAUAUUGAUGUCACAUAAAAAAAAGAAUAAAUUUAAUAUAAAUGUACUGAGAUGAUAGCAAUAUGUUCAUAAAUGUAAAACAUAGUUUAUUCUUAUUUAAAAUUUACCUUAUUCAAUUGUUUCAUAUUACAGCGGCAAAUUUAGGGGGGGGUCGAUGAGAGUGAUCACCACCUCCUCUCCCCCUUCAGAAAAUUUUUCUUUUUUUACAGCAAAAAUGAACAAAAAAAUAGUUUCAUACUACUUAGAUUGGACUCAAACAUAGUUUUUAGCCAAAAUCGCUCCUUCCUUCCAAAAUCCUAGAUCCGCCACUGUAUUUAAUUGAUGAACAACGUUUAUUUUCAUCAAAAGGUAUUGUCAUAUCAAUAUUACUUAAUCAGAAAAAGAGAAUUGUAGUAUUUGUUUAAUGCUUAAAUUAUUUUCAUUUAGAUGAUGAAUUACGAUCUAAACUUGUAUUAGCUUUUUAUAUGCCUCUUGUCGUCAAUCAUUAACUUUACUAGAACAAUUAAAUUCUAUUAAACAAAUUGAAUAUUUAGAAAUUAAUAUGAUCCUUUAUUCGAUUAAUUCACUGGAUUCCUUCAAAUUUAUUAGAUACAUCUUUUUUGGCAUAGUAUUAUCCAAGAUGAAAUAAAUGAUUCGUUAAUAUUAAAUCAAAGUAAACUUUAUCAUGUCUAUCUGGCAUAUAUUUAUUUCUCUAUUAGCAAUGGAAAUAUAAAUAUUGACAAUACACAUCCACUUGAUCCAUUAGAUCGUAUUGUUCGUCAAGCCAUAAAUAGUAGUAAUGAUGAAAAUGAUAAUAAUUUAAUUCUUAAAUAUCCAGCAUUAAGAUUAGUAUUAAAAUAUUCAAAAAUAAAUUCAUUUGAUAUAAGACAUGAAGGAAAUAUAUUUCUUGGAAAAAAAGAUUUAAUUGCUUUACAUGAUUGUUUUUUAUCAUCAAAUGAUAAUAAUAAUAAUAAUGAUACAAAUGAUCAACAACAAUCAAUUCAUUAUCGAUAUUUUGCAGAUGAUAUUAUAUCAUGUUUGUCAUUAACACAACAACUAAAUAUGUUAUUUAAACAUUUAAAAUGUUGUUUGAAACGUUUAGUUAAACAAAAUAUUUUCGUUUUAUUAACUGAUCAAAUAUUAACAUCAGAACAACUUAAAUUAAGAUUUCAACAAGGUAAAUCAUUUGAACUCAUGAGUUGUCUUGUUUAA